GUAAGAAGGAGAAUUCACAGAGGGUAUAGGAGGGGACCAGUUUUCCCAGAUGCAGGAGAAGCGUCUAUAGAUUCAGUUCCAAGCAACUGGUGGCAACAGAUUAGCAUUUAAGAUGGCAGGGACUGCGCGCCACGACCGAGAGAUGGCGAUCCAGGCCAAGAAAAAGCUCACCACCACCACUGACCCUGUGGAGAGACUCCGACUGCAGUGCCUGGCCAGGGGCUCCGCCGGCAUCAAAGGCCUUGGCAGAGUGUUUCGAAUUAUGGAUGACAAUAACAACAGGACCCUUGAUUUCAAAGAAUUUCUGAAAGGGUUAAAUGAUUAUGCAGUGGUUAUGGAAAAGGAAGAGGCAGAAGAGCUUUUCCGGAGGUUUGAUAAAGAUGGAAGUGGAACUAUAGACUUCAAUGAAUUUCUUCUCACGUUAAGACCUCCUAUGUCUAGAGCCAGAAAGGAGGUAAUUAUGAGAGCUUUUAGAAAGUUAGACAAGACUGGAGAUGGUGUUAUAACAAUUGAAGACCUUCGAGGGGUAUAUAAUGCAAAACACCAUCCAAAGUACCAAAAUGGCGAAUGGACAGAAGACCAAGUCUUCAGGAAAUUUCUGGAUAACUUUGAUUCACCCUAUGAUAAAGACGGAUUGGUGACUCCUGAGGAGUUCAUGAACUACUAUGCAGGUGUGAGUGCAUCCAUUGACACUGAUAUAUACUUUAUCAUCAUGAUGACAACUGCUUGGAACCUCUAAAGGCAUCACCACAGGAGACCAGACCUUGGAGACAGACACUGAAUCUAAAUGAUUAAAUCUCAGCUCAAAAACCAGGAACUUGUUUAACUUCUUAACUUCUUCCUUGUGAACACAUUGCAUUUUCUAGGACUAAGAAAAGAGCAGAAAUAAAGAUACUAAAACAAUUAACCAUAAGCUUGCC